AUUACCAAAUUCAAAUUUGACCAAAAGUUUUUGCAACUCUUCUCUGUUCCCGCCAUCUCACCAUUCAAGGAGGGAAUUUCUUUUUUUCCCAAAACAAGCUUAAAAUUUUUCACAUUAUCACCCUUAUUAAACUCGCAUUUUUCAGUGUCUUAUUAUAACUUACAACAACAAAAAUUUCAAAGUUAGCUCGUGAGAGUGUUGCUGUGUGUUUGGUGUUUGUUUUCUUAACUCUCUGUUGACUCUUCAAUCUCCGACUGCAACAUGGAAAUUGGGUCGAACCAGGUUGUUGCUGGUGACAAGAAAAGGAGGCGCUCCAAUUCUAUUGGUAUUAGAAUAGUGGGAACCAGAGUCUAUGAUUCUGCAAAUGGGAAAACUUGUCACCAGUGUCGGCAAAAAACCAUGGAUUUUUCUGCUGCAUGUAAGAAUAUAAAGAAGGGGAAGCCAUGUCCCAUUAGGUUCUGCCACAAGUGCCUCUUAAACAGGUAUGGGGAAAUUGCAGAAGAUGUGGAAGACUUGGCUGAAUGGACAUGUCCAAAGUGUAGAGACAUCUGCAACUGUAGUAUUUGCGAGAAAAAGCAUGGUCGAAAACCUACUGGUCAACUAAUUCGUAUGGCCAAGGCAUAUGGUUUCAAUUCUGUGUCGGAAAUGCUUAGUGCCAGCAGAGCUGCUGAUAAGUCUGGGGAUAUAGAAUCAAACAAGGUGAAUGACAUUGUUUUGCCUUCAAAGGAAUCAAAUCUGGAAAAGGAGCAGAAACGUGGUCGUAAUUCAAGUUCUGCUAAGGUUGUUAAGAGCAAAGCUGUUUCACCUAUGAAGCAAAUUGCAUCAGAUAAGGAGCUUGUAGUACUUCUCUCUGGUGAACUUGGGAAGGAAAACUCUUCGGAUGUGAAAAGUGAUUUAAAGCUUGACCCUCUGAACGGUCAGAAGGCAUCAUUGUGCAAAAUGUCCAAGAAAACAAAACGUGAAGAAUUAAAGGAAAUAUCUAAUGAAGACAAUGUUGAUGGUGCUCGCAAAAAGAAGAGCUUGAAAAGGCCUAAAAUUUGCAAAGAAGUUCCAAGGAAAGAAACAAAAGGAAAUACAAAUGAUGAAACUAAGGAUAAUAACAAAGUCUCUAAAAAGGGAACGAAAGUAGAUAGCAACCAUGAUACUGACAGACCUGCCUCUGGGUUGCAAACACAAGCAAACAAAAAUAAUUGUAAUGAUUUUGGAGACCAUGCAAAUGAUAUUCUUGGUCCUGUGACUUUGGCUCCACAAGAUUAUCUCUUCAAUCCCAAGUACCAUGAUAAUGCUGGUGCCAAGCUCCAAGAAGGAAUAGCAAGGUUCCCAAAUGAUGGUGUCAACAGGGAAAUAGAAAAAAUUGAAGAGGAAAUUCCUUUGCCCCCUGGAACUGAGAUAACAGAAAUAUUGGACAGUGAGUUUCCACCUGAAGAAGUUGGGAAUGCAUUGCAGCUUUUAGAGUUUUGCAGAGUGUUUGGAAAGGCUAUUGAUCUAAAGAAAGGAGAAGCUGAAGCCAUUUUACGAGAAUUAAUACGGAAACGAACUUUGCGUCGAGGACAAAACACUUUAGUGGUUCAGUUUCAAAUUAGAGUGUUGACCUUGAUACUAAUUGAUUCAGGAAAUGAGUCCCCAUCCUUAACUACUAACAAUGGAAGUAAUUCAUGGUUAAAGCCUCUAGAAGAUUUAAUUACUGAAUCUAAUGUUGUACUAAAAGAUUUCCCUUUGGAUUGGCUUCGAGAAGGCAUCAACGGAUACAACAAUUUAGAUUUAUCCUCAAAACUUUCCCUGCUGAAUUUUCUCUGUGAUGAAGCAUUAGGCACAGAGAAAUUGAGAAGUUAUAUUGAAGAUGAAAAUUCAAGGCGUGCAGUAGAUGUUAAAGAAGCAAAGUCAAAGGUAGCUGCAGCUAAGGAAAAGGAAAAGGGUCUUAGGGAGAAGUUGCAGAAAGAGAUGGCUAAAGCUUUUAUGCCAAAUGUGUCUCCCUUUCCAACGGAGAAGCACCAUGCUCUUCUUACAAAGAUUAAGACUGAAAUGGCUCAAGCUCAUGCUGAGAUGCUUGAGUUGAAGGGCACAAUUCCAAAAGAGAAUAAUAGUUCCGAUGCUAUGAGAAUCAAGCCCGAGUUUGUGGACUUCAAUGGUCAUGCAUUUUGGAAACUUAGAAGUUACAAUGGUGAUGCUAUUCUGUUGCAAGAUAUUAAAAUACAAGAUGAAACUGCUACAGCAUCAGAGGAAAAAUGGUUUGUUUAUGGUCAUGAAAAGAAGGACGAGGUUUAUAAGUAUAUUUCCUCAAGGGCUAAGAGGCUUAAACGUCACAAGGUUUCAAACAUGCUUUACAGUGAAGCUAAUCCGUAGGAUGUUUCUGGCUGUGGGUGAUUUUGGUUGAGGGUUGAGUGGGUUCCCUCAAUGUUGAUUUCUGUGUACAAAGGGAACUUCAUUGUGGUCAUCAAUCUACUACACAUAGGAAGAUUUUGAAGUUGCUGAUGUUGUUAAAACAUAGAAUCAAAUAUGGAUUUCUUGCACCUUAUUUCAUUGGACAGGAAGCUUAGGAGAUUUAGGUUUCUAGAUUUGUUGUUUAGCUUCCAAUUUUUUGAUGAUAGUUAAAAAUGGUCAUUAGGUUCCAAUGUAAUUACUAUUCAUAGCUGUAUUUUUCUUCAUUUGAAUAGUUAGGAUGCGGAUUGAUACGUCCAAUUGGAUAGUAAUGUCUUCCAAAGUAGUACAAUUUAAUUCUUGGCAUUCUAAGGCUAUAUCUUUCUCACUUAA